AUGCACGAAGACUACGCCGCACCUUUGCUCACGCGUGGGGAUUUUGAGGCAAUCAAACACGAUCCACUGCUCAUACUUGAAUGGGGCACAAAAGCUGUCGUGUCGCUUCAAAAGGGUGAAGCCGCACUAAAGGCACAGCUUGAAGCCAUCCAGUCGCAGCUGCAGGACGCCAGCAAGGAUGUAAAGUUCGACAGCCAGCGCUACAAGGAGGUCAUGGAUGCGACGGCAGAACUGGAGCGGGACCACCGCAUGCUGUCUAUGCGCUGCAGCGACACGGAGUCGGGAAACAAACGACUCGCGAGGGUGGUCGACGAGAUGCGGCAGGAGAAGGAGGCGAUGCGGGAGGAGUUGCGGACGCUGGGGGGCUCCCUAGGCUUGCUCGACAGGCAACACGCCGACACCGUUGCCGCAGUGGCAGUAAUGGAGAAGGCUGGCCCGGAGGAAGAAGCAAAGGGGAAAGGGCUGCAAGAGGCUAUUGCAAGGAAAAUUGAAUCCUUAGACAUCCUUACGAAUGAAAUUGUGAGUUGCACUAACAACGUGACAAGCCUGCAGCGGAAAGUGGAAAAGUUGGAGUGUGAGCGUCUUGUGCUGGAGGCGGAGACACUGGCACUUGAGCAGACUACGUCGCAGCAGGAGCGGACCAUCAAUUAUCUUCAAUACGAGUCGGCAAAGCUCAAUGAUACCUUCAAUGCAAGGGCGUCUGAAUUGGUUGAGGCGAAGAAGCAGACGGCGGCGAUGCUGCUUGAGCUUCAGCUGCAGGUGACGAGAGCGGAGGAGGAAAUGGCGCGGCUGCAUAACGCCGUUGCCAAUGAGACGAGUUUAACUGGGCGGCAAAACAUCUGGCAGGCAAAGGAGCUUCACGCCAAGACGGAGGAUCUCCUCACCGCGCAUCAGGAGCUGGCAAAGGAGCGUGGAAAGAUGAGGACGGAACAGGCCUUGAUGCAGGAAAAGCUGUAUCGCCUAAAGAACAAUGUGCUGGUGGUAGAGAAGCAGAACCAGGUACUGAAUGGGACGCUGCAGCAACUGGAAGAAGAGGAUGAGCUCCUUAGGGCAAACUACAAUGAACGCAAAAAUGAGGCGUUGGAGGAGAUGAAUAAGCAGUUAGCCAUUGCGCAGCAACUCAGCGCUGAGCUUGAAGAGGCACGUGAGAAUCUGUAUCUGCUGAACUCCAAAGUGUGCAUGACCUGCCGUUUGUCCAUUUUCCCAAGCGAGUUGCCAAGCCCCUUUCCAAGGAAAGGAGAAGAGGCACAAAAAGAAAGGGAUGUCAUGUGA